CAGGAAUCCAAGUUUAGUUGGCGUUCAAUCAUGGCCUCAUCCACUUUGGAUUUGGCUGAGAAGCUGGAGGAGAACGACGACGUGCGUCUGCCCAAGGAGCAGCCACCGCCAGCCUUCUUCGAAUCGAAGACCUUUCGCAUAAUCUCAAUCAUUCUGUAUCUGGGCGGGAUCAGUGGCCUGGGCAUGGUGCUGGCACUCUACUAUCUCAUAUUCUUCGACUCCAGCAUGCCGGACAUCCACCUCAAGUUCCCCGUCUCCAUUGGCGGCCAUCCAGUGCAGAAGGUGCACGAGUACCAGUGACCAUUUGACCAUUUGACCACUUGACCCAGCCGGACGAUAAAAUUGUGAUACCCGAAAAAAUAGCCAUUCGCCUCCUGAACUCAUCGGAAGUGACCGCGGAGCAGUUCUACAAACACAUCCUCGAGCAGUACCGCAUCCUCAGCCACAUGCAGCAGCAACGCCAGCAACUGCUGCAGCGCCAACAUCUUCAACUACAGCAAC